UAUCUGAAGUUUCCCUCCCCCGAUUCUGUCUCCCUCUUAUCCUUUAGUGCUGCUAAAAAGGUCCGGACUGCUGUGAAACCUCCUGUGCCUACUACCAAAGGAGGUCGGUCGAACAGCAGGACCAACUCAAGUCAUUCCACCCCCCGGAGCCAGCAGACCACCCCCAAACAGGUCCUCUCAGCCGGGAAGGGAGCCACCUCCAGGUCUUCAGGGAAGAAGCCCACCCCAGUCUCCAACAAGCCCACUCCAGUCUCCAACGGCAGACCACGGCCAGGCAGCAGAGUCAGCUCCCGGCUCAGUAAUGAGAUAUUGGCCACCAACGGUAGCUCUAGCAGGCCAGGAAGCCAGCCCGUUCCAUCUCCCUCUCAGGCAGACUCCCGUAAAAGACCAAUCUCAGGUAAGACCAGUUCUAAAGACGGGGAGUUGGAAGAGGGUUGUUGUAUUGGGUGAUAAAAAUACAAAAUGGUGUUCUUGUAAAGUAGUGUGUCAACAUUGCCAGGGUCUUUUAUAUUGCUGAAGAUGUAAUGCAAAAAAAAUCUGUACAGAAGUGUUGAAUUGUCAUUUUCUCAUGUAGCACUUGAAAAUACUCAGGGGGGUGUAUCAAAUACACAACCUCCCUCUAGUUGGGGCUUUCUCACUCUGUGCUCAUCUUUGCAUUGAUAUUCACCAUCAACUGCUUCGACUCUGUUUCUCCAGCAGAGGUCUCCCACAAGCCCAAGCUGGUCCUGACUCCCUCAGUCUCAGGUUUUUCGUCCAAUCGUCGUAGCUCAGGGAGGAACCUAGGAGUCCAUGAGCUGUCUGCCUGCGAGCAGAUGACUGUAGAGCUAGUCAGACAUGAAGACAGCUGGCCCUUCAUGAAACUGGUGUCUAGGACACAGGUAAUACAUUACUUUAAAGGUAGAUAGGAGAGGCACACAGAGCGACAUGCAUGCAAACACAGAGCCAUGCAUGCAUGCAUGCAUUUAAAGACCCAGCACACACCCAUGCAAGCGCUUCUAUGAAUACACGUUUUCCUAUAGUAUUACCUAACUAGCUACGUCACUUGUGACACAUAUACCGUGCCUUCAGAAAGUAUUCAUAUACAGUUGAAGUCGGAAGUUUACAUAUUUUACAUUUUAGACAUUUAGCAGACGCUCUUAUCCAGAGCGACUGAGUGCAUACAUUAUUUUUUUUAUUUUUCAUACUGGUCCAUACACUUAGGUUGGAGUCAUUAAAACUUGUUUUUCAACCACUCCACAAAUUUCUUGUUAACAAACUAUAGUUUUGGCAAGUCGGUUAGGACAUCUACUUGCAUGACAAGUAAUUUUUCCAACAAUUGUUUACAGACAGAUUAUUUCACUUAUAAUUCACUGUAUCACAAUUCCAGUGGGUCAGAAGUUUACAUACACUAAAUUGACUGUGCCUUUAAACAGCUUGGAAAAUUCCAGAAAAUGAUGUCAUGGCUUUAGAAGCUUCUGAUAGGCUAAUUGACAUCAUUUGAGUCAAUUUGGAGGUGUACCUGUGGUGUACCUGUGGAUGACCCCAAUCAUACUUCCAAAGUUGUGGCAAAAUGGCUUAAGGACAACAAAGUCAAGGUAUUGGAGUGGCCAUCACAAAGCCCUGACCUCAAUCCUAUAGAAAAUGUGUGGGCAGAACUGAAAAAGCGUGUGCGAGCAAGGAGGCCUACAAACCUGACUCAGUUACACCAGCUCUGUCAGGAGGAAUGGGCCAAAAUUCAUCCAACUUAUUGUGGGAAGCUUGUGGAAGGCUACCUGAAACGUUUGACCCAAAUUAAACAAUUUAAUGGCAAUGCUACCAAAUACUAAUAGAGUGUAUGUAAAUGUCUGACCCACUGGGAAUGUGAUGAAAGAAAUAAAAGCUGAAAUAAAUCAUUCUCUCUACUAUUAUUCUGACAUUUCACAUUCUUAAAAUAAAGUGGUGAUCCUAACUGACCUAAGACAGAGAAUGAAUUUUUACUAGGAUUAAAUGUCAGGAAUUGUGAAACUGAGUUUAAAUGUAUUUGGCUAAGGUGUAUGUAUAUUGGCUAAGGUGUAUGUAUACUUCCAACUUCAACUGUACCCCUUGACUUAUUCCAUAUUUUGUUGUUACAGCCUGAAUUCAAAAUGGAUUCAAUUGAUUUUUUUUCUAACCCAUCUGUCCAUUAAUGAGAAAGUGAACACAUGUUUUUAGAAAUGUUUGCGCAUUUAUUGAAAAUGAAAUUUCUUUUUACAUAAUUAUUCACACCCCUGAGUAAAUACUUUUGUAGAAGCACCUUUGGCAGCGAUUACAACUGUGAGUCUUUCUGGAUAAGUCUAAGCUUUGCACACCUGGAUUGUGCAACGUUUGCCAUUUUUAUGCUUUUCAAAAUUCUUCAAGCUCUGUCAAAUAGUUUGUUGAUCAUUGCUAGACAACCAUUUUCAGGUCUUGGCAUAGAUUGUAACUCGGCCACUCAGGAACAUUCACUGUCUUGUUGGUAAGCCACUUUGGCCUUGUGUUUUAGGUUAUUGUCCUGCUGAAAGGUGAAUUCAUCUCCCAGUGUCAGGUGGAAAGCAGACAACCAGGUUUUCCUCUAGGAUUUUACCUGUACUUAGCUCCAUUCCAUUUUUUUUAUCCUUAACUCUCCAGUCCUUAACGAUUACAAGCAUACCCAUAACAUGAUGCAACCACCACUGCUUGAAAAUAUGGAGCGUGGUAUUUAGUAAUGUGUUGUAUUGGAUUUGCUCCAAACACUUUGUAUUGAGAAGAAAAAUGUAUUGCUUUGACAAAAAAUGUUUGUUACUUUAGUGCCUUGUUGCAAACAGGAUGCAUGUUUUGGAAUAUUUGUAUUUUAUACAGGCUUCCUCCUGUAACCAAAAUAUAGGUAUCGGGUGUAUGUGAAUGGUUCUCUGCUUUUUUGCAGGUGAAUUCAUUAACACUUCAAUUGGCUAACGCCUCCCUAAUUUCAAAUGCAAACAGCCCCCAUGGUUUAAUACCCCCCACCCUCCCAAUUUGCCAGUUACCCACUGAUAUGUAUAGAAGGGUUAUACUUGCAAGAAUGUGGAAAAUAACGGGCUGUUUGAAAGGGGUUCAUAUAAACAUUGCCCUAUAUAUUUUUACUGGUAACAUACCUUCUGUCAUACUCACUAGUGAUGUCUUAAAUACUUCACUAGUCAACCUAAAUACUAACUUGUUGUAUUGCUUUGAGAUUCGCUGAUUGUUUUUCUUUUUAAUUGACCUGAUUUUGUCUGUCCUCACUUCUGCAGGUUCCAGACUACUUUGACAUUAUCAAAAAGCCCAUUGCGCUGAGCACUAUCAGAGAAAAGGUUAACAACUGUGAAUAUAAAACAGCCAGUAAGUUGAGCUUUUGUUUUUCCCUGUUAACUAAAACGUGUUUAUGCUGUCAUGUUUCUGUACUUCACCAGAUGGGAAAUUUGAUUUGAUCCAUUUUCCUUUUUUUUUUUCACAGUGGAGUACGUUGACGACGUGGAGCUCAUGUUCGCCAACUGUUUACAAUACAACCCUCAGCACACAAAUGAAGCUAAAGCAGGAACAAGGCUCCAAGCCUUCUUCAACUCAGAGAUAUCUAACCUGGGGCUGGCGGACCGGACCACUCCUCCACAGAAGCGGUCCCGGAUGUAAAGCUGACUGACUGAAACUACUGGGUCAUAUUCAUUAGUGCACACCGUUGCAAACUGUAGCAAAAUGUUUUUUACCUUAAUGUUUUUUGACAAAAACAAGUUUCUUAUUGGACAAAUUCAGGUAGUCCCUCCCUGUUUCACUUUUUUGUUUUCAUCCAUUUGUUUUCUAGUGAAUACCACCAUUCAUUGGAAAGUCUGAACAUUCCCAAAGCAUUGGCAGUGUAAUAUAAUUCCCUCAAGAUAAUGCAGGAACAACUAACUCGCUGUGAAAGUUUUUGCACUGAAUAUUUGAAAACUACUCCUUUCUAUUCGUAUUCACUCAGGGAAAACGAAUUGUGGUUUGAAAAAACAAUGUUUUUAACAGUGCAUUUUUAUAUUUUGUAUCUUGGCAGCAUUUCUAGACAAAUACAAUUGUGCACAUACUUUUCUUAUUUGACUAUUUCAGUUCAAUUUAGAUGACUUAAGUAUUAACUUUGAAUAUGGACAGUUUUGCAUUUGUGCAUUUCACAUUAGUGAACAGUAAAAACACAUUUCGCAUGGACUGUUUCAGGUUCCCAUCUUUCAGUGAAACACUACACUGGAACCUGAUUUAUUGUUCCUUAUUUCCUAUAAUUCAUUGGUUAUUUAUUUUAGUUUUGAAGGUAAGAACUUUUAUUUAUAUUUUUAUAGAACAUGUUUGUUUUGUUUUUGUAAAGAAUUAUUGGCAUAGUUUUGAGUUCCAACUAUAGAAAACUGUUUCCGGGUAGGGUUUAAAUACUGAGCGUUGUCCCCCUAAAUUUCUCACCUCUGCUUUUGUAUUUGCUAUCGUGUAUAUUUUCUAUAUGUAAAAAAUAAAUUCACCUGAUUUUAAUAUUUCUUGGUCAUCUCUCACUUUUGUUGCCAAUCUGAUCCAUAAAUAUGAAGUGCAUGAAUGUAUUAAUGGCGUGUAUGUUUUAGGAUAAUAUUUUUUCUACACCUCACUGAGUUAAAAUGGCCUCAAUCUUUUGGUAGGGUUAGAGAAAUAACUUGUAACUUUCCUGCCGGGAAGUUGGUUAGCCGGAGUUGAGUGUAGUAGUCCGCAAGUCAACCUAGCUUCAUUGUCAACCGUGUCCAGGACAAAUUCCUCUUAUCCCUUCGAAUCCCAUUCCUGAUCCCUCCCGCCGCAAGUGCAGUGACUCAUACUCGCUCGCCCCUUACUCCGCCCCUCGCUCUCUCUCCCACACCCGGUCAGGUCGUUCAUACCCAUAUCUCUUUACCCCAAAAGAUUUCCCCACAUAAUAGCAAAUCUCACGGGACCGACGAUCGGACAACAUGGUAAGAUUCUUUACUUUUCUAGUUGAGUGCUGAAACUACUCUGGUAGUUUCUAGUUGAGUGCUGAUUUUAACUUUUUGUAACUUUUGCAACAUUGGGCUGUGUGUUCGACAGUAACAUUGGCUUACUUGCUUUCGCACCCAUGUUUGAUUGCUGGUUACAGUUCGGCAUUCGGCAGUGGUGAGCUAUAGCUACAAUGUUUGUUCAAUAUAUAUAAAAGUUAUUUCGUUUGUAAAAUCAAUUCCAAUUUAGGAUCAUUACAGGGCCUGCAUUGUCAGGCGGCCAUUUUAACCUAAUUAUAGCGCAGUCCGCUAUCUAACGGUAAAGUUAUUCACUCUACUACUGCCAGUUAACUUCAUGAUCUAAAAGUUUAGCGAAGUUGGCUUGCUAGCUAAUAACAUAGCUACGUGAUAGCAAUGACGUUUUCUACACGACAGGCUACCUAAAAUGAUUGGGACUAGCUAACUUGUAAUGGUCUUGCCUGCAUCCUGUUUUGUUUGAUUGCACUCAAACCAAUGCGCCCAUGCGGAUUUCCACGCUUGUUUGACCGUGGAAACUAGCUAGCAUUUGCAGCUAAUACUGUUCCCAUAGCUACUGGUUUACUGCAAUGGGCCUAGCCGACUAAACCCAACUCCACGAUUUACAAUGGAGUUGAGUGGCGACUAGUGUGGGCGCACUGGAGCUCCGAAGUCACACAAUUAUUUCAGGACCCAAAAGACUAGCCUGCAAUUACAUAACAAUGUUGUGUGUAAUUGCAGGCUUUGCGUGCUGAAAUCAGUCGUUUUUGACAACGUCAUUUUGUGACGUCCUAGGUCCAGUCAGCCCAUACUGGUCGCAGCUCAACACCAUAACUCGUGGAGUUGUUUAAUCGGCUACCGUGGUACGUGACACAUGCACAUGUUGCUAGACAUGCAAAAGUUUGCUGUCUCAUUCACUGACGGUUACUAGUGUGGUGGUCACUAACUAGUCACAGGUCAGCGAGUUUCGUACACUUGAUAUAUUGAGGGUGGCUAGCCAGCAGUCACCACUGUGUUGGAAUGUCGUACUAUUGACACGGCUUGGCUUUCUGGUCCGAUUGUCAUCUUUUAAUAGAGAGAACACUUUGGCCAACUGACAUAGCAGCCUAUGUAGCCCAAAUGCCGGCAGAUGGCGAUAUUGAUCCGUUAUGAUGGUUUCAUCUUGCUGUCCAAACGUAUGUAGUCGGCAAUACACUCAUAUACCCCGUGGACCGGUUCGUACCUAAAACGUUCUCCAUUCAGGCUACAAGGGCGUCGAUUUCCUCCUUAACUACAUUUAAUAUCGAGAAGGCGGUAAAAAAAUUGGAAAAUAUGCGUACUUUAUGAAACACCAUUUCCACCACCAUGCUAGUGGCUAAUGCUACUUCCUGAGGUUGCCCUGCUUUCAGCCAGAGGUAAACAACGGACUGUUGCAAGCUGAAUGCGGUUCGCAACAUCCAGGACUAGUAUUCCUAGGCGCAUUAGCUACUUUAGCAUUGUGGUGGAAAAUGGUGUUUCAUAAAGAAAGUACGCAUAUUUUCUGUUAUUUAAAAUCUAGUUCAGGAGGAAAUCGACGCAUUUGCAGCCUGAAUGGAGAAUGUUUUAGGUAAGAACCGGUCCAAGGGGGAUAUGAGUGUAUUGCUGGCUGCAUACAAUGCUUUUGGAAGGUAAGAUGAAACCAUCAAUAUGCCACCUUCCGGCCUUUGGCCUGCAGCCUAUGCAAAAUGACUCUGCAUGUGUGGUGGUAGAUAGUGUCAGAGUGAAAUAGUGUUGAUUCAUUGUAAGUGAGUGUCAAAGGAAAGAAAGGCUAUGAUCAAUGCUGCAGUCAUUUGUUAUUCUGUCUGCAUGACUACUGGUAACUAGCUACAUACUGUAUGUGUGAAGGUUUGUAUUUCCAAUACCUUGUUAAGGAAAGCAUUUCCUAUCUCCAUGCUGUUAGCUAUAGGCCUAGAUUCAAUGUCCACAUCAUAAAUAAACAGGAUGUCUUUGCAGUCUUUAAUGUCAGCCAUGUACCCUAUGUUUACUAGCUAUUGAACAGGUAACAACAAUCUAGGCAGCUAUGUCAUCUGGUUCACACUGAUUUCUAAAUCACACCUUUAAUGAACCUUGUGUAUCAUUCUCCCCUCUUUCCACAGGCCUCUGGUGUCACUGUAAACGAUGAAGUCAUCAAGGUCUUCAAUGACAUGAAGGUCAGGAAGUCAUCCUCUACUGAAGAUGUAAAAAAGCGUAAAAAGGCUGUGCUGUUUUGCCUCAGUGAUGACAAGAAGAAGAUCAUCGUAGAGGAGGGCAAGUGGAUCCUCGUUGGUGACAUUGGGGAGUCGGUGGACGACCCAUACGCCUGUUUCGUCAAGCUUUUACCUCUCAACGAUUGCAGAUAUGGCUUAUACGAUGCCACAUAUGAAACAAAAGAAUCCAAGAAAGAAGACCUGGUAUUUAUAUUUUGGUACGUUUGUACGUUGUCCUUUGUUAGUUUGGAUGGUGCAAAGCUACUGUCAAGAAUGUUUCUUAAAAGCCUAUAUUCCCUAGCCUGGCUGGGGAGUCAUUUGGUAGGUACCCUAGAUCAGUGGCUGUGUUAACCACCGGUUCAAUCUCUGGGAUCUGACACUGAAUUAGUCAAUUAUUAUUAAGUGUUGUGUAGGAGGACCAUAACUUGGUGGUCCCUGGUAUAAAAAAGUUUGAGAAACACAAAUGUUGCUGCUGCUUUCAUUUGUGUGGUAUGGAUUACUAUGGAAUAAAGACGUUAUUAGCUAGGCUUAUUAAGUUGUUGUGUUUCCCUCCUUAUUCUAGGGCACCUGAGGGUGCGCCCUUGAAAAGCAAGAUGAUCUAUGCUAGCUCUAAAGAUGCCAUUAAAAAGAAGUUCACAGGUAAGUGAACAUUGCUAUAUCAAAUAACUAUUCCUGUAUGUUUGACCUGAUAUUGUAUGAUCGUGUGGUUCAGUAAUUUAUUCAGGUGAUGUCAGAAAAUUUGCAUAGCCUAGUUUUUACUAUCUUAUCAAAACUAUUAACUAUUAAUAACUACAUAAGUUAUUUUAUUUUCCUAUAUAUGUUCUAUGAAAGUGUCAUGAAUGUCGUUGUUGGCGUUUCAAGUUAUUCAAUAUACCAUUUAAUUUGUACCCCAUAGAUCCAUAGAAAGUUUAGAGAAGAAAAGGUGUGGUAUCAAACAAAAUCCCCCUGCAAUUAUUGAAAGUGCCUCCUUAGUAUUCAACACAACAGUAUAAAACAGAUGGGAAUUAACUCUAUAUACACCCCUUUGUUUUUCAGGUAUCAAACACGAAUGGCAAGUCAACGGAUUAGACGACAUCCAGGACCGUGCCACCCUGGCAGACAAGUUGGGAGGCAACGUGGUGGUAUCACUCGAAGGGUUACCAUUGUAAAUGGAAAAUACUACAUGCCAUCUGGAUUCCUGACGCUUUCAUCUUAGCAGCUGUAUCUAUAGCAUUUGAGCCUAAAGGAAUUGCUUUAGGCUUUUUUUCUGUUUUUUUUUCUUCAUACAAUGGAAGGAGAUCUCAUUAACAUAUGCGAAAGACUACAAGUUAUUUUGCCAGACGACUUCUUCAAAAAAAAUCCUUGUUGUUUUUUGUUUUUUUAACCUUCAAGGAAUGCUCACACAUCACGUGUUUUUCCAAACAAAUAUGAACAGCAACGCCACACUACCUGAGAUUAAUAACACUCCCACAACAAAAACAUUAAGAUUAGCACUGUUUUUGCAUUCUUUGCCACUUAAACAGUGACUAAAUGCUCAGUAGCGUAGGAAAAUGUGAAUGCUUUCUAUAAUGCCUUGACAGUCAUAUUCACUGCCCCGGUUACAGCUAAUAGCAAGUAUUUUGCACUCAUGAGGUUUUCAUAUGACUGACUUAUUUAUUUGAACUGUUCUAUCUUAUCCAAUAUGUUAUUUGACAUUGCAAAACACGUAAUAGACUAUGCAUAUACUAAGCACUUUGUUUAUACACUACAGAAGUUGAGGCAAAAAGGUCAAGAAUAACUAAAGAAUAUCUGUAUUUAUGUCAACUAGAUAGAGAUGUUACUAGUUUUCAUUCCUUUUAUGCAAAUGGACAAGAACAGAUUAGUAUUUGACUGUUCAAUUGCCGCCUUACUUUCAUUUGAAUGUACAGUACACCACAGUAAAAAGGAGGGUUGGUGCUUGCAGUUUUUUUUAACACUAAAAGUAUCAAAAAUAUCAGUAAAGAUGGCAAUAUGUGCAUUUGGAACCUUAAGUGGAACAUUGUUUUUGAGAUGGGGCGAGGAGGUUGCCACUUUACAAUAAAACCUUGUGGCAGAUAACAGAAUGAAGUGUAUUCUGUUCUGGGUUGUCUGUCUGUAUCUGUUCAUCAGGAGGGCUGGGCAGCAAUAAAGAGAUGCAUGACUGAUUUUCUUUAACAGGAAAUCGAAAAGAUCUGGUCUACAUGCUGUGUUUUGCUACAUUGCCUUGGUUAGUGUUUUAUUCAAUUAAACCGGAUGCAGUGAGUGACGAUCUUCUUGGCUCUGUUCAGAACUGUACAAUGUUACGGAACAUUCGGAUAUAAAUAUAUUGUUUAGAAUAGAUAGCAUUCUCUGUCGUGUAGAAUAGGGAAUUUCAGUUCAAUAUUUUCUGUGUACGGUGGUUUCUCUGAUGCUUUUCAUAUCUAAUGUCUACAGUUUUAUGAGGGAAGCCAAGCUAGUAA